AAAGAGAUCGUCCGUGAGUGCGAAACGAAGACAGCUGAGGGGAAGAUUUACGGGUGCAACGGAGAAAAGUAUAUGGUGGUGGUGGUGAGACCAGUUAUAUUUUUAUUGUCGACUGGCAUAUUUCGCGAAGCUGAUCUCGCAACGAAUGUGUGUUUGACGUAUCGAGGAAGGAACGAAAAGAGAUGCCUGAAAAUGUCGGGUAAAAGUGAAACUCGGUGAUCCAGGCUGGGACGGAAGCAGACAGUGAAGGGAAGUGAAUUCGGUGGAAUUUAUUCCGCGCGUUUAUCUCUCGAGAAGGUCACGACCAUUCGUAAAACCGCUGCGUUGGUUGCUGGUUUAAUUGAAAGUGGGGAAUCUCGGAGGAGCUCUCGGAAUCGUGCAGGUCAACGCGUUACGGUGUGCGAUACAAAGGGAAAAGGAGAACGCAUUUAAAUAUGGCUAGUACUGUGGCAACAGAACCAUCCACUAUUGUCAAAUUCUUGGUUGACGGAAUGACAACCACCACUGUCACCACAUUCUCCAAGGAGGAAGAACCAGCACCAAUAUUCUUGCAGACAAAAGCUGCACAAGUUAUUGCUGGUACAUCUGUGUGGUUUGCUCUGUUCAUAACAUGUCAACAGAUUUUCCAGCAUUUGAGGUGGUAUACCAAUCCGACAGAACAGAGAUGGAUAGUGAGGAUUUUGUUUAUAGUCCCAAUAUAUGCAACACACUCUUGGGUCUCUCUAGUAUUCUUUAACAGUGAUAGCUAUUACGUUUAUUUCUUCACUGUGCGAGACUGUUACGAAGCAUUUGUUAUAUAUAACUUUUUGUCUUUAUGCUACGAGUACCUGGGAGGUGAAGGAAACAUUAUGUCCGAGAUACGAGGCAAACCUAUUCGUUCCAAUUGCCUAUAUGGAACUUGCUGCCUAGUUGGAAAAACAUACACUAUUGGCUUUCUUAGAUUUUGCAAGCAAGCUACUUUACAGUUUUGCUUGGUGAAGCCAGUGAUGGCAUUUGUCAUUAUAUUCCUUCAAGCAUUUGGACAUUAUAGAGAUGGAGAUUGGUCUCCAGAUGGUGGUUAUCUUUAUAUCACUAUAAUUUACAAUAUCAGCGUGUCCCUUGCACUUUAUGGACUUUUCCUUUUCUACUUUGCUACAAGAGACCUGUUAACACCAUUUGAACCCGUCUUAAAAUUUUGUACCGUCAAGAGCGUUAUCUUCCUCUCAUUUUGGCAAGGAGUUUUACUGGCUAUUUUGGAAAAAGCAAAUGUAAUUGCGCCUAUCACUCUAGGCCAAUCGAGUGCAGGCACAGUAUCUGCUGGUUAUCAGAACUUUUUGAUUUGUAUUGAAAUGUUGUUUGCAGCUAUAGCUUUACGUUAUGCAUUUCCUUAUCAAGUAUAUUCAGCUGGUUGUGUAACGGAUUCAAGAGGAAGAAGCGUAACAAUGCAGAGUAUUAGCAGCAGUCUGAAGGAAACUAUGAAUCCAAAAGACAUAAUGACUGAUGCCAUUCACAAUUUCCAUCCUCAGUAUCAACAAUACACCCAAUACAGUUCUGGAGCUCCCAAAGGACAACGUGGUAUGCGGAUAUCCAGCUUUGAUCCAGACGAUCCACAGAAUAUGCCAAUUCCGCCGCCGCAAAGACGACACACUUCUCACCAACGUGUUGCGACUAUCUCUCAAAAUUAUAACGAGAAAACAAUGCUGUUGAGCAGCGAUGAUGAGUUCCAAUAAGUUUUAAGAAACGAAUAAAAGAAAAAUGAAAGAGAAAGGAAAUGAAUCGCAUUUACAACAGAAAAACUAGAAAAUGAACGCGCCAAACUCACGUUGGAUUUUCGUGAAAUUACAAAAAUUAAUCUGGUCUCAAGGAAACGCAACAUACGCCAUUGAAAUUUGAUUGUACAUCAUUAGGUAGGAACUUAACUCGCUCACGAAAACAAACAACAGAUAGAAAAAACAAAUUGUGCGUGAUGUGAAGAGAAACGAUUCCAUCAUGCUGUAAUAGUUCCAUAAUGUUACAUCCAUGUUAAUACAUGUAUUACGUUACAUCAUGUAAACAUAGCAUAGAAGAUAUUUAUUUUAAUAUGCUGAACAUAUUUAAGGCAGUGUUACCUAUAGAGGUGGCUCUACUAUAAUAAUACAACUAUUCUUUGUUUCACGGAACGGUUUACGUUUCUUAAAGGGAGAGGAUUGUACAGUACUUAAUAUCUGAAUACUCACAAAUACGUUGCCGCAUUAUUUACCGUAGUUAAUUAAUAUUUUUACACUCUGAUCUAACAUUGCAUAAUACGUUUUUACAUCGAUUUCCCAGUCUGAAUGAAGACCAAUGUAAUUUUGCCGACGGAGAAUACUAAUUUCAUUGAAAUAUACACCGGGAAAGGUACUUCUGAUUCUUGCACGCGUCCGGGAAAAAAUAAUAUAUAUAUAUAUAUAUAUCUGAGCCACAAAAAUCUUUGCGUCCUAGAUUAAAGAAUUAAUGAGUGUAUAUAUGGUUACAAUAGAAUGUAUUUAAUAAUGCAAAAAUUAAAGAUUUUUUCCUUCAA